CGCUUGUUUGACUACCGUCAUCUUCAUCACUCUCCACGCCGCUCUCGUCGUCGUCGGCGAUGCUCAACUUAUCUCAACGGACCGCUAAUGUUAUGCGGCGGCUGGUGGCUGGCAUGGCCACCGUCGCCCCUCGCAUUGGGGAUACCAAAGUGCCCAUGUCACUCUUGGAAAAAGGUGCCUACAUCAAUUAUCAAAGGAUUGAGGACAAUCUCGCUAUCGUUCGAGAGCGUCUUCAACGCCCCCUGACCUUGUCAGAGAAAAUUCUCUACGGUCACCUUGAUGAUCCACAUGGUCAAGACAUUAACCGGGGAGUUAGCUAUCUCAAACUUCGACCAGAUCGAGUUGCUUGUCAAGAUGCUACAGCGCAGAUGGCAUUGCUUCAAUUCAUGUCUGCUGGAAUGGACACCGCCGCAGUACCGACGACGGUCCACUGUGAUCAUCUCAUCGAAGCUCAAGUUGGAGGUGUGAAGGACUUAGCGCGAGCAAUUGACAUCAACAAGGAGGUCUACGACUUUUUGGCCACUGCUACUGCGAAGUACGGUCUUGGUUUCUGGAAACCCGGUUCUGGCAUCAUUCACCAAAUCAUUCUCGAAAACUAUGCCUUCCCUGGUGGACUUAUGAUUGGAACGGACUCUCAUACACCUAAUGCUGGUGGUUUGGGAAUGGUUGCCUGUGGUGUUGGCGGUGCUGACGCCGUAGACGUCAUGGCGGAUAUUCCGUGGGAACUUAAAUGCCCUAAGGUUAUUGGUGUCAACUUGACUGGUAAGAUCGAUGGCUGGACAACUCCCAAGGACGUUAUCCUCAAAGUGGCUGGAAUCUUGACGGUUAAGGGUGGCACCGGUGCUAUCGUCGAGUAUCGUGGCCCAGGCGUCGAAUCGCUUUCUUGUACUGGUAUGGCGACAAUCUGUAACAUGGGUGCUGAGAUCGGUGCCACCACCUCCCUUUUCCCAUUCAACCACCGUAUGGUCGACUAUCUGAAGGCCACGAAGCGGUCAGAAAUAGCCGCUUAUGCUCAACGAUUCGCUCCCAAUUUGAGAGCUGAUCAAGGUGCCGAAUACGAUCAAAAUAUCGAGAUUAACCUUUCGGAACUUGAACCUCAUGUUAAUGGCCCAUUCACACCUGAUCUUGCUACACCUAUUUCGAAGUUCGCAGAGGAAGCCAAGAAGAACAACUGGCCCGAGGAGUUGAAGGUUGCUCUCAUCGGUUCCUGUACUAACUCCUCCUAUGAGGACAUGUCGCGAUCAGCAUCCAUCGCCAAAGAGGCUGCCGACCAUGGUCUUGAUGUCAAGAGUAAAUUCACUAUUACGCCCGGUUCAGAGCAAGUUAGGGCUACUAUCGAGCGCGAUGGCCAGAUUGCUGCCUUUGAAAAAGUUGGUGGUAUUGUUCUUGCCAACGCCUGUGGACCUUGUAUCGGACAAUGGGACCGGCAGGAUGUUAAGAAGGGCGAAGCUAAUUCAAUCAUCACCUCUUACAACCGUAACUUUACUGGCCGAAAUGAUGCUAAUCCCGCCACUCAUGCCUUCGUUGCUUCCCCCGACAUUGUCACCGCGAUGGCAUUUGGUGGAUCACUCACUUUCAACCCCUUGACCGACAGUCUGACCGGUUCCGAUGGGAAGCCGUUCAAAUUUACGCAACCUAACGGUCACGAACUCCCCCCUCGAGGUUACGAUCCCGGUCAGGACACCUUCCAGCCCCCUCCAGAAGAUCGUGCUAGUGUGAAGGUUGCUGUUGACCCUAAAAGCGCUCGACUACAACUCCUAGAACCUUUCACGCCUUGGGACGGUAAAACUCCUGCUGAUCUUCCUGUCCUGAUCAAGGUCAAGGGAAAGUGCACAACCGAUCACAUCUCUGCUGGCGGACCUUGGCUCAAAUACCGUGGACACCUUCAAAACAUCUCCCAGAACUGCUUGAUUGGCGCCGUCAAUGCUGAGAACGGAGAAGCCAACAAGGUGAAGAACCAAUAUACUGGUGAAUACGCUGGCGUCCCUCAGGUUGCUGCUCACUACCGUGACAACGGUAUCAAGUGGGUAGUUGUGGGUGACCACAACUACGGUGAAGGCUCCUCUCGAGAACAUGCUGCACUUGAGCCCCGAUACUUGGGAGGUCUUGCUAUCAUCGUUAGAUCCUUCGCGCGUAUCCACGAGACCAACCUCAAGAAGCAGGGUAUGCUGGCACUUACCUUCGCGGACCCAGAGGAUUACAACAAGGUUCAGCCCAGUGACAAAGUUGACAUCUUGGGUUUGGAAUCUUUCGCACCCGGCAAAAACCUGACAUUGGUGUUGAAACACGCCGAUGGCUCCAAAGAGGAGAUUUCGCUUGCCCAUUCGUUCAACGAGGGUCAAAUUGAGUGGUUCAAGGCUGGUUCUGCUCUCAACCUGAUGGCCGCUAAAGCCAAGGCCCAAACGUAAACAAUGAUAGCUUCGUUAUGCAGCCUUACAACAGAUUGAGAUGGAGGAUUGAGAUGGAGGGAAUGCGAGAUUGCGGCCUCUUUCUGGGAGACUGCGAGCUUGACCAAUGGCCCGAAUGGUGGCUCUCAACGAAGGAUCGUCUGAAUAUAUAGUUUUCGUGUACUCUCCAGGUGUUCAUGCAAUUUAUGUACAUACUUUGCUCUUUUUGUUUAAAUUUUCUCGAUGAUUUUGUACAAUAAAAACAAUAAAUGAGUAAAAUAAAGGUCAUUUGUUUUCCUCACUCUCGGUGAGGAGAGGUUUGGGAUGCAACAACUCGAGGGGAUGCUGCAGGUAUCAAACAGGGGACUCACUAUAAUAGGAAUUCGAUAAGUAGUUUCUGCUUCGCAUAGCAGGCAUACUCCUGCCACUGGCACGGCUCAUCUCCUCUGUUGGACGCUGUCGAAUUUCCAUACCGACGAACGAAGUAGAGAUUUUUGAAUCCUAGGUUAAUCUUUCCGAUGUCGCCAUGGACAGGAUAGUAUGGCAUCUUUGCUCAAUUCUUCUUGAGAUACAAAGGAAAAGGUCACCCAGCGUAAUCUUCGGAACAGCCCCAAAUGUAGAGGCAAAAUCCAUAUCUCCACUCUUGAGCCUUGUAAGGGUUUGUUCGGUAGCCUGCGUCGAGCAACUCCGAAGGCGCGGUUAACGUUGUAAUAGGAGAGCCCCAACAGUCCUUGGAAUGUCGUCAGUUUGGCACGGGCAAUGGGAAUUGCUUCGAGAGAAACGGGAUAAU